CAUUGGACACACUCCCAAAAAGAACACCGCGCCACAUACGCCUCGGACUCCCUUUGCGAGUGAGUGUGGUCCCAAGCAGCCUGUGGCUUCGACCUCUUUUCGACCUCGUACGGGUUCCCCGCACCGCAGCGAGUUCGACACGAAGCGUGUCUCGGACGAGGACGGUUUGGGGCGUCCGUCGGCGUGCCCAUGGCGUCGCUGACGGAUGGAGAGUUGCACCCGGAGUUGCUUCGAGGAGUCACCAUGGAUAUUUGCCUCAGCGGCUGGGCGCGGCAUUUUACCAAACCAGACUCAGGGAUCCUGCAGAACAGUCAGGAAAGCUACAACCUGAGCCGGCAAACGGACAGCUUCGACGAGUUUUUGAGCCAUGAUUGGGACACACCGCGCAUGCACAAGCUGCUUUCCAUGCUCAUGAUUUACAAUUCGAGGGCGGCCUUUUUCUGCUCGCUGAUCUUUAGCCUCUCUGUGGGAAUCUUACGAUCACUGCAGGUCUUGCCCAAUGAGCUUUGGUCUGAGCUGGUGUCUUAUGCCAUUUUCCCUUUGGUGCUUUGCUUUUGGCAGAGGAUUCGGAGGCUUUUUCAAAGACCACUUAUGGUCUUCUUUGAUAUGCUUUGCAUAGCUCAGCAUGAUGAAGAGCUGAAGAAGAAAGCCAUCUCCGGCAUAGUCAACUUUUUGGAUGCCUCUCGGCAGCUCACCAUCUUCUGGUCGCAUCGCUACUUCCGCCGCCUGUGGUGUACCUAUGAGGUUAGCACCUUUUUGAGAGAUCCCAAGAAGCAGAAAACCAUCUUGGUGAUGCCAGUGAAGCUGGCGGUGAUUUUGUUCCUCUUCUGCAUGGCCGAGCACAUGGUCACCUUCGGUCAGUCCUUUUGGUCGAAGGCCAUGGAGAAGGAAUUGCAGACGGUGAGCCUCCAAAUCGAUGACAUCGAGCUCCUAGGUGCCGAGAUCGAAAAUUCUCAAGCCUAUGCCCAUUUGAUGAAAUUGGCGCUCUUCCUUCCAUUCUUAGCUUUCAACCCUGUGUUGUACUACAUUGGCCUCGGAUUGAUGUCCGACCUGCAGAAGAUGCCUUCGCAGUUGCAAGACUUCCGCGUCCAGGAUGCGCAGUGUGCCUGCUGUGCUUCGGGGCAUCGGCAUCCCGUCACCGGUGAAGCCCUGGGCUGCGACCGGGAGGCCAUCUUUCAGAUGCUCAAGAAGUGGUACGGACAAGAAGAAGAUGUGGGCGAGAGCCAUCUUGAGAGCUUCAAUCGACGUGUUCACGAAGUGCUAGCCCCGCGAGUGCUUCAAAGUGUGGGCAGUGAUGUGCUGCCUUUCAGCUAUUGCCUCUACAUGAUUUCCGUCUCGAAAGUUCCUCAAUUGUGCAGCUUGAUUCCCCACUUGGCCGCCGGUCCCGCCAAUGACCUGGCCGCCCGUGCCCACUUUGCCAGCGCUGACCUGUCGGAGGCCGCGCGCUGGGCUCAAGCUGCCUGGGCGCUGCGCCACGUGAUGACCUGGGCGAUGGAUGGCGUGGCGGCGCUCUUUUGGGUUCGCCUCAGCAUGCGUUUGUGGCGCUGGGCCGUGGAUUUGGGCCUGGUUGGCAAGUCCAAAGCCCGCAAGUUGGUGAGUGCCUUUCUCUUGUCGCUUCCCUUGGGAGUCUUUCUUUGCACCAUGGUGAUCUCCUAUCAUGGAGUUCUUCUUUCAACCGACGUCGAUAGCUUAUAUUGCGCCAUCCCCUUUGCCUUUUGGAUCUUUGUACUGGGCAGCAUUUGGAGACCGUGGCAUCGCCUUUGCUUCUCCAGAUCGACGAGACCCGGCGCGAAUACCGGGGCAUGGAACAUCCAGGAAGACGUAUGAGACAUGCCCAGCCUGAUCGAAUGGAUUGAGACGGCUGGUGGAAUGUCAGAGACGGCCUCCCAAUCGAAGGUCGGAAUUUCCCUGAAGAGAGAGAGAGAGAGAGACAUUUCUCCCAGG